CAACAACUGAGAAUAUAUUCUUUUUAUGAUAUUUUAACCAAUGAAGGAUGAUGUGUAUGCUACUGAGAAGCGUAUGAAAGGAAUGUUGUCUGUGGCGCUGGAAGAAUUACAGGAUGUUCCCCUGUACUACGAGAUCCCACGGUUAACUAACAUUGUGAAGCAGAGUCAAGAGAAACUAACCAUGUACACUUCAGCUCUCCUUAACUCAGGGUUUCAGUUCAGUCUUAGUCAUGCGAACAGGCACGGUUUAAAAACUAAUGCUCCUCUAUCGUUCUUGUGGGAUAUGUUGCGAAGUAUAUCUCUGAAAAACAACCUGGACCCUUUGAAGAACUUGCAUCCUGACAGUCCUGGAUACAAGAUCAUGUCCAAACCUCCGUCUGUCAAGGAUAUUUCGUUCGAACCCCAUCCUCAGGCUAAUCCGCCGUCGAGAGAAAUCCACUUGACUCGGUUCCAAAUCAACCCUGAGUCGAACUGGGGUCCUAAAGCAAGGUCAAGGACGAGUUUGAUCCCGGAGAAGUCGGUUAAGCAGACCAGGAAUCAGGGGAAACACAAGAACUCUGGCUCCAAGGAUGCGGACGCGAAGAAACCUAAAUGUGAUAAUGAAUUGGUUACAGACGGGGAUACGUGAUAUCAAAUUCUUGCGACCCGAGCAAGACUUGAAAAUCUUUCGAGCUAAUCCCGCCAUUUUUUUCUUUUUAAGAUUUUUACCGUUGGAAAUGUUUCAGA